AGGCCGUUCGUUGUCUUGGAACAGUGCGAACAAGUGGGUCCCCUUACUUCAUUUCAUUUCAUCAUCCUCCAUACCAAUACUCAUUCUUCAGAAUCACACAGAAAUUUCCGCCCCUUACUCUCCCAAGAUGAAUCGGGGUAGACCAAGGAAGGAGAAGCUGUUUAGGAGAAAAUCUUGGGCCUCAAUAACACCACCGGGUACCAGUUAUGAUCAAGAAACGGCUCAAAGCUUUUCACACCCUAGAAGUGUAAAAUUCAAAAGAACAACCAUUGAUAGCAUAUACAAUGAUCGCCAAUCUCGUUCCAUUGUUAUGGCACAAGCAAAGGAGGUUCAAGCAAAACUGCCCCCUGGUUAUCCCAGUUUUAUUAAGGUUAUGCUCCCAUCACAUAUCACCGGAGGAUUUUGGCUGGGUCUUCCAAGGGGAUUCUGUGAUAGCCAUUUGCCAAGGCAGGAUACUGCAAUGAUCUUACAAGAUGAAAGUGGAAUGGGAUUUCAAACAAAGUAUCUAUCUGAAAAAACAGGGUUGAGUGCUGGAUGGAGAGGUUUCUCACUGGCUCACAACUUACAGCAAGGAGAUGUUCUAGUUUUCCAUUUGGUUAUGCCUAACAAGUUUAUGGUUUACAUUGUGAGAUCCAAUGCUGUAGCUGAGGAUGGUGGUGCUCCAGGCUUUGAACCGGUUUACAUUGUGAGAUCCAAUGCUGUAGCUGAGGAUGGUGGUGCUCCAGGCUUUGAACGUAGGGCCUACAAUAAACAAACACCUCUUUAUAGCAAAGAAAAUGUUCCUUAUAUGAAGGAGAAACAAAUGGCCCUUGACAAUGUAAAUAGCAAAGAGGCAGACAUCCAUCCCGUGAAAAAUGAAGAAUGCGACAAUCCCGUCUCCCUUGCAAUAGAUAUCCAUAAAGAUCACGGGCAAACAAGUGAUCGUGUGCAUAAAGAUACUGAGAUGAUGCCUGUGCUAGAAGAGUCUGAAAACAACAGAAACAGUUUUGGUUCCAACUCUAUGAACGGAAUUCGUUUAUCGAACUCUACUCCAGAUUUCGAAAAAGUGAAGAGUUUGAAUGAUUUCAUCAUUUCAGUCAAUGGCUUGAUCAUCGACUCCGAGUUCUCCAGUCACGUUAGAGCAAAAUACUUCGAGCUAUGCUCUAGUCAGAAAGCAUUUCUUCACGAGCAUAUCCUUGAGGGUCUGAACUACAAACUUGUUUCAGGAAUUAUAUCAGAGACCAUCAACAUAGCUGAUGCCAUUAGAGCAUGCAAGGUUGGCAGCACCUCACAAGAACAUUUUACUACUUGGGACAAAAGUCUGACAGCCUUUGAAGGUCUAGGAAUGAACGUGGCGUUUCUUCGAUCUCGAAUCUACCGAUUACUGACUCUCUCAAUAAAAAUAGAGAUGAAAAGAAAAGCGGAGCUGAAACGGGACUCAACACAAGAGGAAAUACGAACGCUUGUAGCGAAAAUCAUGGAAGCAAGAUCUGCUGUAAAGCAACUAGAAGCUGAAAUUCAGUGUCUGGAGAACACUGAUGGUGGUGGGAAUAUGGAGACAUUGUUCAAGGAAGUGGCCAGUGCCCCUUGGUAGUGUGGAAGGGAUGAUGUACAAAUUGCAGAGAAGGUUCUUCGUGGGUGUGAACAGUAGGUUUAUUUUGUGCUGUAAUGUAUCAAACUUUUUGCCAUAACUUUUUUUAGUUUCAUGAUGCAUUUGGAUA